AUGGCUUCGCUUUCUUUACUCAGCGGUGGUGGUGCUCUCCGUUCAAGAAAUGCUCAUGUUAGCCCACGCGCGUCGCAUCCUAACAAACCCGCGCAUCCGUCGUUCUCACCACCCGGCGCCUCUCGCAGGGACCUGCUGUUUUCUCUGACGGCAGCGACGGUGAUGACAGGUCUGCAGCCUGCAUCAAUGGCGGAGGAUAUUCCGUUCUUCGGGAUCAGAAAGAAGCUGAAGAAGGCAGAAGAAGAAGCGGUGGAGAUCGUGAAGGAAGGCUUCGAGACGGCGGAGAAAGGCGUUGUUGCGGCGGAGAGAGGACUAGAGGCGGCGGAGAAAGGAUUAAAGGCGGCGGAGAUAGGAGUAGAGACGGCGGAGAAAGAAAUCGAGACGGCGGUUAGUUACAACGGAGUGACGCAGGCCGGAGCAGUCGUGGCGGCUGAGUUGGUCGGAGUUCUUGUCGGAACUUCAGUCGUCAACGGGAUUUUAGGACCUGAAGCUUAG